AUGAACGCGUCGCUAGUGCGUGAGUAUAACGGGGACGACAAGAACAACAUUAUCGUAGAUAUCGAGGGUCAGGGCCCCAUUCCGUUCUCUCUGUCGCGGUGGAACCAAGGGGAUUUCGCGCCGCGGCUCGCUCCCAGGCAUCCGUACUCGCAGACGAAUCUCGGCAUUCCCGGGGGAAAAGAUGGUUACCAGUCGGAUAAUCCCAUGGAAUUCGCACUGCAGGCUUGGCGUCCAAGCCUGGAUAAGGGUGUGGUGCUCGGCUCGGUGGCUCAAAAUGGGCAGCAGUGGAACGAUGGCGCACCGUUUUUCUACGGUACAGUGUCAUGCAUAUACGACUCACACGGUUAUGGUUACAGCAUGACGACAGGGGAGUUUGGCAACGACAAUCCCAACAUUGACAUUGCUAUUGGGAAGGCGGGCGAGCAGGACGAGGGUGUGAUUGAUGUCUCAAUCGCAUGGUUCCCCUACCACCAAGGCUGGACCGCUGGGUACGUGGAUGCUCCUUCUCAGCUAGAAAAGGGAGCAGAGGCGAAAUGGGCUACCAACGCCUCCUAUUCGCCCAACCUCCCCUCCGAUCUCUCCCGCAUCAUGCGGUGGGACGGGCGGGGAGCCAGUCUCGAGCUGCCAGGUGUCAACCCGUCACAGGACGGCAUGCUCUUCCUCACCUCUACGGACCCAGGGCAAUGGAGCAACGAGCUGAACAUUAUGAGCACCUACGUCAAAAGAAACGGCCGCGGGUGGCGCAUUCAAGCACGCGAGGACGCGUUUGGAGACGUGACAGAGCUGGUGGAGAGUCAGGAGCACAUGUUCGCAUUCCUCUACGUCCCCUUCUCUGCCACUGGGCUGAUAGGAGCCACGAUAGCAGCGGAUGGGGCAGUGGUGCGUGGCUCAGGAAUGUUCUCCUGCAGGAGGUUGGGCCUUGGGAUGUACGAGAUCAGCAUUAACAACGAGCACAAGACUCACAAGGAUGGUAUCCUAUUGCUGCAAGUGAUGGGGAGGGACGACAGCAACAGGCGGUACGCGCGCCACACCUUCCUCUCCUACAACUUCACGGCACAGGGGUCGAUGCUGGUGGAGGGGCAUCGGCUCGUGAAGGAACCCGCUGAGAUGUUCAAGGAGACGUUUCCCUACAUCGAUACAGACUUUGCCUUUGUGUGGGUUGACUUCCGCAACCCUCUCAGCCCCACACUCCGCUCCUAUACCGGUGCCUUCUGCCUUUGCUCCUCUGACGCCACUACAACCCACCGAUUCGAACCUCCUAGGUCUACGGUUCAUGACUCUGCUGCUAGAGUAACCCCUACUCCUUCUGAUUCUCCACAUCCUGUCGCCUUCACUCUACCCCCGGCUGUUGCUUCUUGCAGCAAAGAUCCCCCACCGCCAUCGUCUAGCCCCACUCCAAGCACGGUGCGUGUGUCUGUUGGCCCGCCGUCGGCUUCUUCCACUCCCAAGCGAGCGCGAAAUGGGAAGUGGGCGCAGAGUACUCUGGUCGUCGGAGGCCGCCGUAUUCCACCGCCUGACAAUGACAAAGAAGCUGAGCAACCGGAGGAAGUUGACAUCCCUGUGCGCGCGGAUACCGGCUCGCCCGCACUCACCAAGAUGCAGCUGCGAGAUCAGGUGUACCUUGAGGCGAGUAUUAACUACGAGACGAAGUGGUCGCAACACUUUUCCUGGCUGGUGUUUGGGAAGACCAAGGACGGUUUUCCAUACGUGAAGUGCUCCAUCUGCAUGUCGUACGCGAAGGGGAACACGAGGUACGCCAUGCAAGGUGACAACGGUGGCCGUGACUUGCAGACGCAGUCGUUCAGGGCGCACGAGCAUACGGACGCACACAAGGCGGCGGUGGAUCGGCAGUUGAAGCUUGCGGCGGGCAUCCGCGAGGGCCAGCAGGCAAUUUUUGACUUCAUCAACUCCGACGUCGAGGGGCGGCGCGCGAUUCGUCUCAUGCGUGAGGCGUUGGCUGUGAAGGACGCCGCUGAGUCAAACGAGGACCUUGGCAUGGUUGACAAGGUGGUGCGCACAGUGGCGACGCUUCUCGGAAACUCAAGCGUGUGGAGUCAGCGCUUCAAGUACCUUCAGCGAGUGAUCUACCAGACAAACCUCGAGGUCCAAGGAAUCCACACGGUUCGAUGGCUGUCACGAGGUGAUGCGGUGCGAAGGUUGUGCAAGGUCCUCGGCGCUUGCAUCGUGCUGCUCUGGGAGCACAACCACAAGGCCUACGAGAUUGUGACGUGCUACAAGUUCCAGUUCUGUUUGUUUUUCCUGGCCGACAUUCUGGCCGACAUGAACGACCUCAACCGCUGCUUCCAGAGGCGUGAGCUGGAUGUGACUGAGAUUUCGAAGACUAUUGAGUCCACCACGGGUGACCUGACGGAGCGCUACUUGACGACAAACAAACCGUUCGGGGGCGAGGGGAAGAGCUGGCUGGUAAACUUCCUCAAGGUCCACAAGGAGGGUGGAGGCAAGCAGCUGGCCGUGGCAGAGAGGGAGAGGAAGGGGAAGCAGAAGGAGGGUGAAGCUGUGGCUGCUGGAACUGCGGGGGAGAACGAGGACGAGGAGGAGGAGGAGGAGGAGGAGGAGGAGGAGGAGGAGGAGGAGGAGGAGGAGGAGGAGGAGGAGGAGGAGGAGGAGGAGGAGGAGGAGGAGGAGGAGGAGGAGGAGGAGGAGGACGAUGAAGUGGAACAGGACUUGGCCGACGAUCAGGAGGUCGUGGAAGAGGAGGACAACCCUUACCUGUCAGACGAUGAGGACAUAGAGGAGGUGUACUUCAUUGACAAACCCGUGCACUAG